AACAACAAUGUUCGUUUUUUGUGAGUUCUCUUGUCAUCUUUGUAGGAGAACAUUCUGUUGGUAAACGGAGAUGCUCCAUUCAUCAGUCACCUUCCGAAUCCUGUUUCAUGAAAAAUUAGGAGUCCUUUAACGCCCAGCCCAAGACCCAGCAGUAGACCUACCUCGACGCGAAUGCCUCUACCGCUUACCGCGAAUCCGCGACGCCGUCGUCCUUUUCCUCGCCCGCGCCGUCGAACCGCGCCUCCAGCCAUCGAAGCGCGCCAGGCCACCACACCACUCAGUUCUCACCCCACCUCGUGGUCAACCUGCUCCUCCUCCUCCAUUUUCUGCUACUGAGCUGCCGUGGAGUGGUGAUCCAUCAGAUUUUAGACUUCUUCCACUGACUUAGCAUGGGCACAAGACUUUUGAAGGGCUUAAGCCUGAAGAGGCUCCUAGGACAGUGCAGCUCAGCUGAUCUUUACAUUAAAUCACGAGCAUUCAGCUCCACUGUAUCUUUUUCUGAUCUCAAUGAGAAGUUUGGCAUGGGUGGCAAAGAUGAUGAUGAUUUUAAAGGUCCUAGGAAAAAUAAGGAAUACCAAUUCCGUGGUGUAUACCGGGCAAUUAUUUGUGGCAAAGUUGGACAAGUGCCUGUGCAGAAAAAAUUAAGGAAUGGGCAUACGGUAACUGUAUUUACUGUUGGGACAGCUGGUAUGUUUGACCAGAGGAUAGUAGCCGAUAACUUGCCAAUGCCAGCUCAGUGGCAUCGAAUAGCUGUCCAUAAUGAGGAGCUUGGUGCAUAUGCUGUUCAGAAGUUGGUCAAGAAUUCUGCAGUCUUUGUUGAGGGUGAUAUCGAGACUAGAGUCUACAGUGACAGUGUCAAUGAUCAAGUGAAAAAUAUACCAGAGAUCUGUUUGCGACGUGAUGGCAAAAUACGCUUGCUUCAGUCAGGGGAAGGUGAUGUCAGCAAAUCAUUAGAGGAAUUAAGGGAAGGACUAUUCUAGCUGCAAUGCAAAGGACCGUCGGCCAACACAGCGAGUUGGACAAGCGUUAGAUUUGCUCCCUGUGCCGCAAGCGUUAUGUCUCGGAGUGAUGUUCUUAUUCUUGCAGAUGCAAGAAACCUGCUCUCUUUCAUUUUGUUUCGCUUUUUCUGAAUUUAGCUGAAAGGAUCAUCUUAUGGACGUUGAAAUAAAUAUAGUGUCAUCUGAUGUAGGAGUGAACGACAUUUCAGCUAUUACUUAAUCUAAAUUUGCAGGUCCUCUCUCAUUUAA